AUGAGUGGAGGUGAUAAAGCUUUCAAAGAGACUUCUAGAGCGAAAAAGGGAGCAAUCGAAUGGGCGUCAUUUUGGGAAGGAAACGAAGAAGAUUUUGUGCUGAAGAAAAAGUUGCAUGUUGAAGAUGAAAUGGUCAGAAUCGAUAUCAGUAAAGAGACAAAGAAAGAAUUUCCCGCUGACCUGACACGAAAUCAACUCAUCGAACUUCCAAAUACAACGACCUGGAAAAACAUCAAAUCCUUUUGGGCAAUCGACAAUCAGCUCACCUCCGUGCCAGUAGAAUUCUGCAACGGGAAGAUAGAUACUGUCAACUUUAGCAAGAACAAAAUCAAGGAGCUUCCGGAAGAAUUUGGAGAUCUUCCGCUGAUUUCGUUCUGGAUUUCUGACAAUGAACUCGGGGAGUUCCCGGAGUGUAUUGCGAAAAUGAGGAGAUUAGGCACUCUCGAUCUAAGCAAUAAUUCCAUCAAAUCCGUCCCGGCCGAACUCACCAACUGCCGAUUUCUCGCCAGCCUUGAACUCUCAAAAAACCUCAUUUCCGAGAUCCCGAAUUCUUGGGGCAAAUUCAAGCAUCUAAGAAGAUUUGCGAUCGAGGGAAAUUUCAUCAAAACUCUUCCUUGGCAAAUGCUUCUUUCUUCCAAAUUUGACAAUUUUGCAGCGGGAAGAUCUGACGAUGGAGUAUUUCUGGCUGAAAAUCCCUGGGAAAAUGAAGAAAUCGAAAGUGCAAUCAAGGAAGAGAACUUCGAAAAACUCAGAAAAAUCAUCGAAAAAAUGGAUUUUCCGGCCUCCGAUGAUGACUCAUCCGAACUAAAUCAAGAACCAGUCACUUCAAGAAUGAUGAGGGGAGAGUUUUGUUCUGAAAGUGUCAGUACCCUUCAAGAUAACCCUACAAUCAUUUUGAUGAAAGAGGACUCCGAAAAAUUCAAAUCAGCGAUUGAGCAGUUUUCAGCGAUGUUUCCAGACAUUUCUCUUGGUAACCAUCAUCAAGGCUCACCCCCUUAA